AUGAAUUCAUUACUUUUCUGGAAUUUCAGGGGGGCCAGAAAAAAGGAGGCUUCCUUGUAUCUCAAGGAGAUUGUUACGGAUCAUGAUGUUUGUUUUGUUGGUUUGAUGGAAACCAAACUAUCUAGUAUUGAAAGAAAGGAUGUUGAUUCCCUUAUUGGGAGGGAUUGGGAUUAUUUCCAUUUCCUGUCGUGGGUGGCAAUGGUGUAUGGUAGCAAAUGUCAUAAUGAAAAAAGGAGUUCGUGGAACUUGAUUGAGGUUUGUAUGAAGGAUUCGGGUCCUACUGUUGUGGGAGAGGACUUUAACUGCUUUGUUAGACCAAGUUAUACUUGGUGUAACAAUAUGGAGGGGUCCUCUAGGAUUUGGGAAAGACUUGAUAGGUGCUUGCACAACACCUCGGCUCUACACUUGGUACCAUAUGGGAAGGUUAAGGAUCGUACUCGUGUGGCUUCUGAUCACGGCCCGAUUAUGUACAGUUUGGAUACUGAGAAGAUUAAUAGGAGCAAGGUUAUUAGAUUUGAAGAUACUUGGAGAGAUCUUUAUAAGUUGAAAGAUGCGCUAAAAAGAGAGAUCCUGGAAUUACAAAUCAAAGAGGCUUCGGGCUCAGAUUUUUCUUGUGAUGAUUUGUUCAAUCUUAGAAGGAAGAUCUAUGAGCUUAAUGUCACUCUUAGAAGACUUGCUAUUUGGUGGAACCAAAGAGCAAAAACUAGGUGGCAAGAGGAGGGGGACUCUAAUUUAAAGUUUUUCCAUAAUUAUGCUUUAGCCAGUUGGAAUGCAACGUGGAUCAGGCAAAUUAUGGAUGCCAACAAUACUCUAGUGGAGGAGGAUGAUCAAAUUGAGCAAGUCUUUCUGCAGUUCUUUGAGAAGAAAUGGAGGUAUAAAACUUGUGACUUGACUGGGUGGCCUUGUCCUUCGGAAAAAUAG